UGUUCAAGAUGAAGUUGUUAUUGGCGAUCACAUUGUUUAUUUUCAUUUCCUUGUGGGUUGAAGAGGCCUAUUCUAAGGAAAAGUCUUCAAAGAAAGGAAAGGGGAAAAAGAAGCAGUAUCUGUGCCCAUCGGCACCAGCAGGAAGCAGCCCAGAAUGGAACUUGUGCCCAUAUGGGAUGCUGGCACUGAAGACUGUGGCUUCACUCGCUAAGAUGCAACAUCGGCCCCGUUAAGGUCAUUUUAAAAUUAUGAUUUCUUAAAUAUCAUAUUUAUAUAGAUAACAUUCUGUCCAUCAUCAUCAUCAUCAUCAUCAUUAUUUAAAGUCAGCAGUCAGCAGAGGACCUGGCCCGAGUGCCCGCCAACUCCACUAGCAAUAUCUUGAACCGGCUGUUGGUCAGUUAUGACCCCAGGAUAAGACCAAAUUUCAAAGGCAUCCCUGUUGAUGUGGUUGUCAACAUUUUUAUCAACAGUUUUGGAUCCAUUCAAGAAACAACAAUGGACUACAGAGUUAACAUCUUCCUGAGACAGAAGUGGAAUGACCCCAGGCUGAAGCUCCCUAGUGACUUCAGGGGCUCAGAUGCACUGACAGUGGAUCCCACGAUGUACAAGUGUUUGUGGAAACCUGAUUUAUUCUUUGCAAAUGAGAAAAGUGCCAAUUUUCACGAUGUAACCCAGGAAAAUAUCCUCCUCUUUAUUUUUCGGGAUGGAGAUGUCCUUGUCAGCAUGAGGUUAUCUAUUACUCUUUCAUGCCCUUUGGACUUGACAUUGUUUCCCAUGGAUACCCAGCGCUGCAAGAUGCAGCUGGAGAGCUUUGGUUAUACAACUGAUGAUUUGCGAUUUAUCUGGCAGUCAGGAGAUCCUGUUCAGUUAGAAAAAAUUGCCUUGCCUCAAUUUGAUAUUAAGAAGGAAGACAUUGAAUAUGGUAACUGUACGAAAUACUAUAAAGGCACUGGCUACUACACGUGUGUGGAAGUGAUCUUCACCCUGAGGAGGCAGGUCGGGUUCUACAUGAUGGGCGUCUACGCCCCCACCUUGCUGAUUGUGGUCCUCUCCUGGCUGUCCUUCUGGAUCAACCCGGAUGCCAGUGCUGCCAGAGUGCCCCUGGGUAUCUUCUCAGUGCUCAGCUUGGCCUCUGAGUGCACAACCCUUGCAGCUGAGCUUCCCAAAGUGUCCUACGUGAAAGCUCUUGACGUUUGGCUCAUUGCUUGUCUUCUCUUUGGGUUUGCUUCUCUGGUGGAGUACGCCGUUGUCCAGGUGAUGUUGAACAACCCCAAAAGAGUUGAAGCAGAAAAAGCCAGAAUUGCUAAGGCUGAGCAAGCUGAUGGAAAAGGUGGAAAUGCAGCUAAAAAGAAUACUGUGAAUGGCACGGGGACUCCUGUUCAUAUCAGCACAUUGCAGGUUGGCGAGACCAGAUGCAAAAAGGUUUGUACUUCAAAGUCUGAUCUGAGAUCUAAUGACUUCAGCAUUGUUGGAAGCUUACCAAGAGAUUUUGAAUUAUCCAAUUAUGACUGCUAUGGAAAACCCAUUGAAGUCAACAAUGGACUUGGAAAAUCUCAGGCAAAGAACACCAAGAAACCUCCCCCUGCCAAGCCUGUGAUUCCCACAGCAGCAAAGCGAAUCGACCUCUAUGCCAGAGCCUUGUUCCCCUUCUGCUUCUUGUUCUUCAAUGUUAUAUAUUGGUCUAUAUAUUUAUGAUAAAUCCAUUUGUAGGAGAUAAAAUCUCACAUCAUUGUGACCUGCCUCAUUCAUAAAUGCCAAUCAGUGAAAACAUCUGCAUUUUCAUAGCAAUAUAUUGCAUUUUGGAUGCCAUUUGAUUGUAAUAUCCACGUGGCAUCUUAACUGAAUGGCAGCAUGAUCUUGUAAUGUCUGUGCUCUAAUAAAAAUGUAUAUAUGUAUAGCAAAUAGAUUGCUUUAGGAAUAAAGAAGGAUAAAGAUACUGCAUAAUAUAAAUCCAAACAGUUCUCUUCAGUUCGUGUAAACUGCAAUACUCCAGAUAAUCCUAAUAAUGAAACAAUAUGCACGCUCAAGCCUGCUAUGGUCGCCAUUCUAGUGUAUGUAGUAUUUCGGAUGUCCUUCCUUGUAACUUUCAGAGAGCUCUCUUAUUCCUGUAUAGUUUUAGAUGUUAGUAUCACAGAUUAAGCAAAGUUGUAUGACAUUUUGUUUAAACUUUGUAAGUAGGAAUAUAUCAGUUACAAUCAUGUGGGCUCUAUGAAGAAAUAAAGUUCAAAAAAGUAUUAAUUUGUGAAAUCAGCUCAUUUUAAAGUGUGCCUGUGUUGUCAAAAUGCCAGUUAAUAAAAAAAAGUAAGAAUUUUUGAAACAAAGGGAAAUCUGUACUUAGAAAAAUGCUUAGUGAGUUCUGGCUUCUGAUAAAAAUAAAUAAAGGAUAGGUCCAUAAUUAAAUAUUUAGGAUAGAAGAAAUUAAUGUAAUCCAUGUUAGAACCUAAAUAUAUUUUCAUGGAUAUCAUUUGUUGGUACAGAGUAAACAAAAUAUUGUGCCUUAAAAAGUUAUACAGAUUUUAGAUGAAUGCAGUAACAGAUAUAUGAUUUCACCUCAUUUUUAAGAAGCCAAAAGGAAAUACCCUAUUACUAGAUGUAACUUGAUUUGGGAAAAUAAUUCAUAAUCAUUCAAGAAUAUUAACUUUUUACUUGUUAAAAUGCUUACCUAUUCAAGUAAAAUUAAGUAUAUUUCCUGAACUAGUUAUUUUAUUUAUUUUAAUAUUUUGGGAUAUAUUACAAAAUAUUUAAUGAUUACACAAAAAAAUCAGUAUAUGUUAGACUUCACCUUUACUUGUAUUUUCCUUCUUCUAAAAGCCUAGGCAACUGAGAUGUACUUACUUUGAUCUUGUCCCAAACGGAAAUUAGGCACUGAGUCUCAUUUUAUGGGGCCCUCAUUUUCUAAUACCACAUUCAAAGCACCCUUUUUUAUUUCAGCCAUGGCUGAAGUUAGAACUAUUAGUAACUGUCUUGGCAUAAAAUAAGGCCAAAGAACCAUAUUUACAUUAUUUGAAGAGUUUUGUUACAACUAAGAGUUUACAUGGCCAGUUCAAUGGUUACAAAAAUAUUAUUUAUGCAAAUUUCUAUACUUAAUUCAAUGCUAUUCAGUUUAUUGAAGUCUUUAAUUUUUAAAGGUUUCUUACAACAAACAUUUUUAAAUGGAUUAUAAUCCAAUUCUUUGUAGUUCUUCAGCUCCCUCUAGUUGCAAAAGCAUAACCAACUGAAUAAUUUUAAAAUGCCACAAAAUAAUCCUAUUGAUGGACUUCAAUACUUGACUAAGAUGUAUGGCAAUGACAAUUUAAUAAUACAACAGGGAUAAGAAAAAUAUUUGUCUUGAAAUAGGACUUAAGUCACUUAAAAUAUUUUUCUUAUUGUUUCUUAUAUCUUUUUUCUUGAUUUUUGCAAAUUUCAUUUACAACAGGGAGUUGGAUCUAGACAGAGGUUUCAUGGAAACCAUACCAUGUUGUAAAUAAAUCUCAUUAUAUAAAUGUAUAAGAUGAUAUAGCCUUGAGUUGACCUUUAAUACCCAGGUAAAUAUGAGUAACUCUGUGAGGAUUAACUAUGGAUGCAUAGCAUCAAAUGGAACAUUAGGCAGUGAUCAUAACAAGGAAGUGCAAUUAAUGCCCACUGAUGCUUUGCAGUUCUGUUCUUAUAGGUUCAUUCACUUAACUCCAAGGCAAUUCUAGUCUUUGUACUUCAAAUAUAUAUCUCUAGGAAAUUUGUGGUGUAUCUACCUGGCAGGUGUGCUAAUACCUCAAAUUCAGUUGCUUCAAAAUAAAAAUGAUCAUCUUCUCACAAUUCAGUAAGUUUUCUUAUUUUCUAUUUCUGUUAAAGACGUCAUUAAUCCAUUUACCUUUACUAAAUCCUCCUUCCUUUCCCACACAAUGUAAGAACUCUAGAUUCUCCUUCCCACACCAACCAUCUCCUGUUUCAGCUCAUACUAGCUGCUAAGACUACUUUGUCUACAAUCUCGAUUCCAUAGAACUCAAUUUAAUUCUUAACUGAUUUUGUGAUGUUUAUUUUUAAUUGUACGUUCAUUAUGUUGGUGUAUUAAAUACUGUUUUUAGUGUAUAUUCAUUUAAAGUUGCUGCAGUAGAUUUUUUGACUAUUCUCCUUGUUCUCCACAGAUCCCUAUUGUUUUUGUGUCUAUACAGAGUUAUUCUAGAAAUUUCCAAAUCCUAUAUAAUUUAAACUUAAAAGAUAACAUAAUGAGAUUGAACAUAAAUAGGAUUUUACUUCAUAUAUAGUGUGACAGUUUCUUUUGUGUUUUUAUUUAGUAUGUCUUCGCAGUUUUUUCAGAUGAGGACAUAUUUGAUAUUUAUAAAUCUAACUUGUGCUCCCUGCUUCCUACCUUACUUUCUAACUUCUAUUUUAUUCUAUUCUAACUUCUAUUCAUAUGGAAAUCUAAGUUGCUGUUUUUCCUAACAUAAAGAAUUAUUUUAAUAAAUAGCUUUGUGCACACAUGGAAGAGAGUACUUCAAAAAUGCACAAAAAUGAGUUAAGAUCUUUAGGUAUGCACAUCGUGGUGCAGUGUGUUAAGCCUCCAUAUGGGGACCGCAUCCCCUGUCAGACUGCCUGGAAUCAGUCCACCACCUCUUCUGAUCCUGCUUCCUGUUAAUGUGUCUGGGAGAUACCAGUAUGUGGCCCAAGUACUUGACUUCCUGCCACCUUUGUGAGAGACCUACCUGGGUGGAAUUCCUGGCUCUUGGCUUCCGCCUAACCCAGUUGUGGCUAAUGUGGGCAUUCAGGGCAUGAAGCAGCAGAUGGAAGAUGUCUCUCUGGGUCGCCCUCUCUUUGUCUGUCUCUAUCACUCUGCCUUUCAAAUAAAUAAAAACUUUUUAGAAAAAUUAUCAAAAAUAUUUUUGCAAACAUUUUGAAAUCCAUGCACUUUUAUCAAAUAUACAUUUGUAUGCCCUUUUGAAGACCUGCAGUAUACAUGAGUAUCAUAUUUGCACUAAAAUGGGUAAUUUCAUUUUCCAUGAACAUUUUGAAAUACUCUCAUAUUUCCAUGAGGCAGAUAACAGAAGUGGAGUUGCUAAAAGUUGAAAUUUCAAAUUUUAGUAAGUUUUCUCAAAAUUUCCCUUCCAAAAGCUGGUAAUGAGGGUUUUCACUAUUAUAGCCCAAGCUUUCAUAGUAGUCAACUCUUAGUCUAUUUUAUGUUGUGGGCAUAUUUCUUAAAAAAAAAUAAAAUAAAA